AUGGACCCAGACGGUCAGCACACGCGCGCGGCGGCGCUCGCCAUGGAGCCGCUGCGGGCUCAGGUCGCGCACUGGAUAUCCCGGAAAGUCAGGCGACCGGAAGCUGCCGCAGCCCUCAGGGACGCAACUGCGCUCGCCGACAUGGCACCUACCAUCCCCGUAAGGGUUCAUCAACGUCUAGGGGCCGUGGCUGACCCACUGUGGGCACUCUGCACGGCCAUUGGGACUUUCAUUCGGCGUGAGUUCGUGCCGGCCGUGGAGGCGAUGGCAGCACGGGAGGCGGCAACUGCGGCAGCGUGGCGCGAACGGCGCAAGGCUGUCCACCGUUACCUUGACCUUCGUGAGGUCAACGCGGGCGCGGCCGAACGCUUCUUGUCUGGCUUUUUAAAAUCGUCUUCGACAUUUAAUAUCCAGCUUGUGGACCCUGACACGGGGCGCGCCCUAUCCACUGAGGGCAUGAUCGACCUCAUUCGCGACGAUCUUUUUGCUAGAGCCCAUAAUGAUUUGCCACAGAAUCUUAGUGAUCGGGACGACCUGGCGCAGACUGUGACCGCUAUCAGGCAGUCCGGAGCGGGCGCGGGGCUUACGUGCCCACAGAAUCCGUGCACCGUCGUAGAGGUUGAAACAGCGCUGUCCCUGCUCAAGCCAGGGAAGCGCACGGUCCACCUUUGCAACGCAGCGUUGCGGGCCAAGGUUGAGGAGGGUUUCCGUUUGACGCGGGCCUUGCUGAACCUCGGCCGCGCGCUGUGCGCCACGGCUCGCCUGCGGUCACUUCGGCACUUUGCUCCCAUCCGGAAGUCCGGGCCGGCGUCGGUGAGGAAAGUGUCUGCGCUUCGUCCAAUAUCCUUCACAUCGGACAUGGCUUCGGUUCGGGGCGCUGCGUGGAUCGCGCGGAACGGGGCCAAGAUUGAGGCCUAUUGCGGACCCGCCCAACAGGGGGGGGUCGGCGAUCCGGUCUCCCUUGCGAUCGCACUCACAAUGCAUGCUCAGUUGCGGCAUUCACAGAAUCUGCCCACAUGGUUGGCCGUCGCAGACAACAAGUGGGCUUUUGAUGUUGCUUCGGUGAACGGCAUGUUGCGCGGUGCUUUCCACGCGGGCGCGCGGGGGGCCGAUUGGUUGAUGUUGGAUGACAUUCUGGCACAAGAUCACCAGGCCGUGGGCCCCCAUAACCUGCUGUCGCCGGUUUUCGCCCAUGGGCGCGGCACGGCCCAGGGCAGGCGUUUUGCAGUGCACAUUUGUAACGCGCAGCUGAAAGCGCUGCCGGAUGAAAUCGCUGCCGCUGUGCCAGGAGGUUGCGCCACCGUGGUCCCGCCCCUAGCCAGGCGUGCCUUGCAAUCUGCAUGCGUGGUCUCCCCUCCAACAGACGUGGGGGCGAUGCCUGACCGGGCGUUGCCCGUGGUGGCCAUUUUGAACGAGGUGGCGCGCGCGGCAGCCACCGAGCUUCCGCCCUGGCCCAACUCCGAGGAUACACUUGCUGCUUCGCUUCGUUCCCUGCUGGCCGUCGCGGACAGAGCCGCCGUAGCUGAGGCCGCGGGCUCCUGGCACAUGCCGCCGGCACAAUUUGUCGACGACCUCGCGACCGCGUGCCCAUCUGUAGGAGCCGCGAGGGCAGGAAUCUCCCCGGAGGAGUCCUCCGCGUGCAGCCGGUACGCUCGCAGGUUCAAGUCUUUCUUCUUGCGCGAGAAAAACAAAACUUGCGUGCUCCCAGUCCUCGGCGCAAGCCGCCCCAGGCUGGCCGAUUGCCCUUCCGUGGAACGCAAAGUCAUGUUGGGCAUCUUGGUGGACUCGGACUUGACGUUCGCGCCGCUUCUCAAAGAGAUCCUAGCCAUUGGCUAUAGUUGCUUUUCUAAGCUGCUCUACGCUGCGGAAUCCGGUGGCUUUUCCAUCCCGGUGGCAGCGGCGCAGGUCCCAGCGCGGGUAGAAUCCGUGAUUCUUUAUGCCUGCCCGCUUUUGGCGGCCGCGCCGGGGGCUGAAGCGGCCCUCAAUAAGAUGCAAGACUACGAAGACAUGUUUGCGAAGGCUCACCAGAGCUCUGGGUGCAUGGCGAUCGACGAGAUGCUAGUCGACCCGAAAAAUAAAACCCACCAGAUCACGCCUGAUGACAUCUCCCGUUGCUCACCAUUGGUCGAGGCGAUGCUCCGCGCUGGCCUGAAGAACGCAGCGAUGUGCCCUGCUAAGUUCGAGCUUGGGCUCCGCGACGCUGCCUUCGCCCACCGCGCCCUCUUCAAGGCCAGCGGCGACGCCAAGGAGCUCGCUGUGGCCAAGCUCCGCACGCACGUCUGCUGCGCCCUGGGUGUGUUGAGGACGUUCAAGCGCGAGCAGCAGGGGGCUUCCUCGGGGGCCGUCCAGAAGACCAACGGGCUGAAGAAGAGGUCCAGUGCAGCCCAGCUGGUGCUCAUCAACUCGCUUUGUUCCAAGAUCGAGUUCGACGCGGAAGACCGCAGCGUCGCGAGCAGUCGCGCGCAGUCGGCGGACCCGCCCAUCGAGAGGCCCAGGGAGACCGCAGUGGUAGCUCGAUCACCUUCGGGGCCCCCGACGUGCUUCAAGCAGUUUUUGGAUCGUCGGUUGGAAGCAUCUGGCGCAGCUCAGUUCGGAGUGCCCAUCUGGGCAAACUUGGACGAGAUGGAGGCAGAGGCGGCGCCCGAGGAGCUCGGAUCCGAAGCGGCGCCCGCGCCUCAGCGCGGCGAGAUGGCACCGCCGCUUUCCUCCGGCGCUGCGCCGUCGGCCUUGGCGGCGCCCAUCCUGAACCCGAAGACUCGCAGGCAGGAUGUGUUGGACUCUCGUGCUCAGUGCAAGGACAGCAGUGAGACCCCCGACAAGCUUGACAAUAACAGUACCAGCAAACCUACCACCAACAACGUUGGCCAGGGCAAGGAUAAGACCAGGCGCAAGGACAGGGAUGACACUCAGGACGCUCCCCCCAUGAAGCGGGUGGCCAAGGCCAAGGCCAAGGCCCAGGCGCAGCCCAACGAUCCCAGACUUGAGAACAUCCGCCUGAGCGGGCCAACGAACGAGACAAACCCCAGGGUCGAGAUCGUGGCAUACGAGGUAGGGACGGGCAAGCGGACGCAUGUCUUCACGGUCAACAAGAACCGUGACGGCAAGACAUUCGCUCGGGUCGCGAAGCAAGUGAAGGCCCACUUCGACUACGUGGAUGGGGGGUUUCUCCGCUCGGAGGCCAUCGCCAUGCCCGCCGCCGCCGAGCCCGCUCCUGGGAAACGCCCCGCUGCCGCUUCCGUCUACGGCUGCGCCAGCAACGAGGACGACGCCAAGAAGGCCAAGUGGGUCGUCAAGGCCGAGCGGCCUCCGACUGAUCCUGGCGAGGACGACGAGGCGGAGGCGGAGGACGACGCCCCUGAUACCAGCUCCGUCACCCGUCAGCAGAGUCACGUCUUCGAGGGGAUGCUCCCCACGCUCCCGAAGGCGAUCCAGGCGCUCCAGAACCAGAAGGGCGCUAAGGGGGUCACGCAGCAGAAGGACGCCCUUCGCAACGCCGUGGUCAAGAAGGACGCCACCUACGAGCUUUCGACAGCCAACCUGAAUGACGUGAAGGCUGCUCAGGAGCUCAUCGUCAAGAACGAGGAGAAGGCUGAGAGGAGGGAUGACGGCGUUAGUUGGAGCACGACGCGGCGCUUGUACAACUUCAACGACGAGGCCCUCAAGGAAGCGAUCGACAAGCGCCACGUCUGGUGCGAGGAGGACUCGGAUGGCGAGGAGCUCUGUUACGAGAAGAAGAAGAGUCGCGUCAAGACGGACACAGUGGAGAGGAGCAGGAAGUUCAAGCAGAACAUCGAUGUGAAGGACCUGGACCACUACAAGCAGAUGAUUGUUGACUCCUGCCUGCAGAACAAGGCUUGGCUGCGCAACGCGUUCAAGCCCAUGCAGCAGACCAGCUCCAAGUCCAAGGCGAUCUGCGACAUGCGCUCCGACUCCGUGGACGCCGACAUGAUGAAGACGAUGCAGGACGCCUGGGGCGCGACCACGCAGCUCGCGGCACGUGACGAGACGGAGUCGAAGGCGAACCACGACAGGGCGUCGGACGUGAUGAAGCUGCUCAAGGCGUUCGCUGGUCCUUCCGCCGAGAUCUUGAGCUACCUCUCGAAGGAUAUGAGGUCGCUUGACCGCAAGAAGUGCAAGGAUUUGCUUGAGACCUGCGCCAAGCUCUUCCUGGAUCUCGAGACGGCGCACCAGUUCCUGAUCGAGAAGUCCGCCCUGAGCAAGAAGGACAAGAAGGCGAAGCUCAAGAACCUCGGCGCGAUCAAGAGCAGUUCUUUCCACAGGCUGUUCUCGAGCAUCAGCUACUUAUCGUGCGCCAACUUGGAGCCUGAUGAACUCCACGUCCUCCACUUGGGCGUUUCAAUGUGGACGCUUGGGUCUGUGUUGUGGCUGCUGACGCACAAGGUGCUGGGUGCUUCUGCCACAAACAACAUUAACCAGAUCUGGGCGUGGAUAUUGGACGAGUACGAGGCGUGCGACGGCACGUCGCAGCACCCUACGAUGGGGCUGAGCGGGUUUACGAACCCCAAGGCGCCAGGCAAACACUACCCGAAACUGAAGGGCAAGGGCGCCCAAGUCAAGCACAUCGUCGCUCCUGUGCUCCGCGUGUGGGUCCGCUGCAGGGCUCAGAUCGAGGCACUCGAUGGCGGAGCUGAUCUGUUCUUGCGAGUUCGAACGUUGCUCGGGCACUUGACUAAUAUCCAGGAGCUCAUCGAUGUUCAUGCGCAGGACGCUUUCAUGUCGGGGCCGUGA